UCUUCUGUCUUCCUCCAGGCAAAUACGUGAGGGACUAAGAGAAAGUAAUAUUCCCUCGGCACAAAGCCAAGUGUGACCAGCUGCUUCUAACAAACGGAAGGUAUGUUACCGCUGUCAGAGCAGAGAGCAUCCUUUCCACAGUCACAGACCAGAUUGAGUCAGACACACAUUGAGGUCAAUUUCCAGUGAGAUUUGUUCCAACAACACAGAGGAAAUAGAAGUUUUGUUUUUUUCCACCAUUCACAAUGCACACCUGCCCAGUUCGAACAAAUUUCAGCAUUUCAAGUGUUUUGCGAGAUCUGCAGCUCGGAUAGCGGAUAAUGUUGAGCUGGCUUGCUUUUCUUCAUACAGUCCAUCACCAUGCUCAGUGGUAUCAUCAGUGGAGCCUCCAAUGAGUCAGUUAUUCCACGUCCUGUGGAAUUUAUACUGUAUGGUCCAUUAUGGUGACUACUAUCACUUCUGGUUUUGAUCUGUCUGAGUUUUCAUUUUUGGGGUCCGAUUCUAUAAUCUUGUUGAUUGAAGUAUGCAUGGAAAACCAUGCCUCUCGGAAUUGCUGUGUGUCUGUGUUUGGCUUGGGCUACCAUGGUUACUUUGUCCCAUGUUAACCUGAUGGCCUUUAUUGUCUGAAUAUGUGAUACAUUCAGACAACCAAGGCCAUCAGUUGAAAUGGGACAAAGUUACCAUAUUAAAAAGAAAGAACUGUGGAUGCUGUAAAUCAGGAACAAAAAACAGACUUGCUGGACAAGCUCUGCAGCUCAGCAGUAACUGGUUCUGAGGAAAGGUUACUGGACCCGCAAGGCUAACUCUCUGUUUUUCCCUUCACCGAUGCUGCCUGACCUGAGCUUUUUCCAGCACCUUUUAUUUUUGUUGUGUAAGGUAACCAUAGCAGCCUAAGCCAAACAUAGACAUGUUAAGGAAUUCCUAGAGACAUUGUUCUCCACACAAACAUAGAAUUGGACCCCAUGUAUAAACCCAUAUAGAUCAAAACUGAAAUGACAGUACUCAGCAUAACAGACCUGACAGUGCAAAUUCCAAGCAGAGGAGAAUCACAUUGCAUCAGCAGAGGCUCCACUGAUGAUGUCACCUAGCAUGGUGGCAAAACGUCCGAACAAAAACAUGACAGCUCACUGACCAAGUCAACAACAUCACAUUUCUGCAUUCACAGCCCAUUGACAUUUACACCGUUUUUGAAGAUGGACAGACUGAAUACUUGUCCAAAAUACACACUCAAACUGAAUAUAAUCUGCAUUAAAUGACUCUGAUAACAGCUACCACAUAACAAAUUGCAUUGUCACAGAGAAUAUUACUGGCUGCCAAAGUUCAGCCGUGUUGUCAAAUAGAAACUGACAAGCAUGUGUUGAUUCCUCUGCUCAAUCAUUCACCCUGUAGAAACAGGCAAAAAACAGGUUGACACUCUGAUAUAUGGAAAAAAAGUUUGCUAUACCAUUCUCAAAUUCACAUUUGAAAAAUGAUAUGUACAAAUUAAUAUUUAUGCUCACAUAUCAAACUACAUGUACCCAAAUGAUAAAUACGCUUAUAUAUCCACAGCAUAUCAACAAUCCGUUCUUCUCUGUUGCUAACACUCCAGUUUCACAGCAUAACUUCACAGGUCCAAUUUUAUAAAUGCAUUUAAAUAUCCACAGACUUAACAUUUUUUUUAGGUGCAGUGUGAUAACGGUAGUAGAUUCACCAACUUUAGGUACAUUUAAGUUGUCAUUGGAGUAGCAUGUGGACAUACAUGGAAUAGUGUAGGUUAGAUGGACUUCAGAUCGGUAUGACAGGUUGGCAUACUAUUGAGGGCUGAAGGGCCUGUACUGUGCUGUAAUGUUCAAUGUAACUACACUCCAAUUUUCACAAGCAGAUUCUCAUAGGUACGUACUGAUCAUGAACUUCACGUAUCCAUGAAGCAGAAAUGGACAGGAACAGCUUGGUAAUAACCCUCCCAAUGUCAUACAGCGUGAACUGACAGCAGAAACUGAUAGUGACACUGAUUGGAGAGCCGAAGUGGGAGAGAGAGUAAAAUUUGUCAAAUCAACAGAAAGCAAAAAGCACUGGUCACAGUACGUCAGCACUCGUCUGUGACCCAAGGUAAUCCGAGUAAAACUGAUACCGAGACACGCUGGCAGGUGUCUGAGGAAUGUACGAAUAGUUUGGGCCUCGAUAUGUUGGAGAUUUGAAGAAGGAUGUCAAACCUUUCGAGGAAACAAAAAGUAAAGGGCCUUGACGGAACAGGCAAUUUAAAAUAGUGUCUAAAGAUGGUGCGCACGAUUAAUGCUCUCUUUCAGGAAAAAAAAGUUAUCGUUUGGUUUAUUAACAUAUCGAGGUGUUUUUGAAAUGUGAAAUGAAUAUGCAGGUGCAGAUUUCGGGCCCCUUUUUGCCGCUUGCAUUUAAGUUUUUGAAAAUCCGAUUCAAGGUCAGAAAUGGACAUUCCACUCGGUUCGGGAAUGCGGGAAAGGGAGAUGAAGUCAAAUAUACAUUCAUAAUCUAAAAGUAAAUGUAUUCGCGCAUUCUGUUCUGUUCAACGUCCGAGUUUUCGUUAAAUAUUGGCGGGCUUUUCGAGUUUGAAAGAAAGCGGUUGAAGAUUUGGCGCCGGGAUUUUCCGGCCUCCUCCCCGGGCCCUCUCCGGAUUGGUGAGGGAAGCAGAUAUCUGAUUGGGCAUUGAAACGACAUUAGGAGAUACUGAACAAUGUGACCAAUCAGCAAUGGCCGCACCCCCAUUCCUCCCGAAGGUAUAAGAGGGCGGGAUGUGGCCGCAUUGCAGAAUUCUCUGUGAAAGUGUUUGUGAGAUUGUGGCGAUGUCUGGGAGAGGAAAGGGCGGUGGCGGGAAAGCUCGGUCGAAGGCGAAGUCUCGGUCGUCCCGGGCUGGGCUGCAGUUCCCGGUGGGCCGUGUUCACAGGCUCCUGAGAAAGGGUAACUAUGCUGAGCGUGUGGGUGCCGGAGCGCCGGUCUAUCUGGCUGCGGUGCUCGAGUACCUGACGGCUGAAAUCCUCGAGCUGGCCGGUAACGCGGCCCGGGACAACAAGAAGACCCGCAUCAUCCCCAGGCACCUCCAGCUGGCCGUGCGCAACGACGAGGAGCUCAACAAGCUGCUGGGAGGGGUGACCAUCGCUCAGGGCGGGGUGCUGCCUAAUAUUCAGGCCGUGCUGCUGCCCAAGAAAACCGCCGCUGGGGGCGCCACUAAAAAGUGAAGAGACCGUUCUGUAACUUGACAAUCCAAAGGCUCUUUUCAGAGCCACCCACAACAUCAGUGAAAGAGUCUCAGACCUCGUUUCUGUUCGAUUGAUUUAAUUUUAAAUAUACAGAGCCUGGGACUUCGCAACGUCAAAUUUCAAUCACAUCAUUCAUUGAUCCUGUAGUUGUCACAGUUCGAUAGAAAAUGAAAUCCAUCCUGCUGCUCCUGAUUUCGGUAAUAUUUCCAUUCAGAGCUGGCAGCCGAUGAGCAGGAAGAAGUUAUGAUGAGCUUAUUAUAAAUUACAAUGUAUGACAUAAUUGGAGAACAGAAUAAUCGUUUUGCAAAUACGUUUUCCAGUCCGACUGCUUGUUGUUCACUGCCAAUUUCACAUCUCCCUUCAUCGCAUUAGAGAAAGCGAAAGUGACCCGGGACAGCACGUUGCAGGGUCAUUUGCUUCUGAUAAUGAACGGCCGCUGACCCUCUGCGCAUUAAUCUCAGGUGCAGCUCAUUUUCCUGCCUUUGAUAUUAUCGAGUCCUCACAGUGUGGAAGCAGGCCAUUCGGCCCAUCGAGGCCCGACUGACCCUCUGAAGAGCAUCUCUCACAAAGUGCCCUUCCAUAUCCCUGUCACUCUGUCUUUCUCUGGACACACUGGGCCCAUAGCAUAGCCAUGCCACAUAAAGUGCACAUCUUUGGACUAUGGAGGAAACCAGAGCACCUAGAGGAAAUCCUCAAAGACACGAAGGCCACCCACCAGCCUACCUUUUAUCCUGGGAGAAGUAGCCCUGGCCUGUACAGCUUCUCCCUGAAGCUGAGCCCCUUACAAAUCUUUUAUGAAUGUUUAAGCUUAAAGUUAAAAACAAAAGCUUCUCGUCAAUCUGGCUGUUCAUCAUCUUGAAACCUUGGAUGAACUGUCUAAUCCAUUCCCUACAGCAGACCAGGAGUGCAGCAUCAAAAGGGGACGACCAGGGCUGUUUCAGAAAAUUCAGCGGAGAAGGCUUCAGCAAAUCCAUCAAAGAUACCAAGAGGCAGGACUGGAACAGUUUAGUGGCCCCAACCAACCAAACUGAGCAAAGCAAGAUAGUGGACAAAGACAGUUCCCACCCUGAUGCUGUCCAUGCUUGGUUGACACAGAAUGCCAGCAGCGUGGUGUCCACUGCCCCGCCAGGCCUCAACGCACCUGUUCUAUCGGUCACUGCAGUUGUCAGAUCCGUCUUCCUGGUGAGAACACCCAAGGAAAGUAACAGACCUGGACUGAAGCACCAACUCUGCAUGUAAUUCCUGUGGGGAGGUACUCUCUGACAUCUUUGUCUCCCUCUGACAAGCUGUACUCUGCACCUGCUUGAGAAGACCACCAUUAUCCCAGUCCUAAAAUCUACAUGCAGUAUGACUUCAUCUGUACUGCCCAGUGGCUCUGGCAUCCAAAAUCAUGAAGUGCUCAGAGAUGCUGGUCAUGGCCCACUUGAACUCUCGACUUUCAGCCUGCCUCAAUCCCUUGCAAUUUUCCCACUAAUGCAACAGGCCCACAGCAGAUGCCCUUUUCCCAGCCCUGCAAUCAUCCCUGGAACAUCUGGGCAACAAGGCCACCUACAAUCAGGCUUCUGCUCAUCAACUACAGCUCAGUCUUCAACACCAUUGUCCCUGCAAGACGGAACUCAAAACUAACACCUCAGGCUUGGCUCCUCCCUGUGCAACUGACUCCUCAGCUUCCUGAAACACAGACCAUAAAUCAAGAAGAUAGGCAACUGAAUCUCCUCUGCGAGGACAUUCAAACACUGCAACCCUCAAGAAUGCAUUCUCAGGUCCCUACUGUACUCCUUGUAUACUCACUAUUGUUGUCAAAUUCUGAAUGAAUGCCACCUAUAAGUUUGCUGUUGACAACACUAUGAUGGGAUGGAUAAUAAAUAAUGAUGAUUCAGAUGACAGGAAAGAGAUGGAGGGUUUGGUGACGUGGUGCAAUUAUAAAAAGAAAACUGAAUGGUCACAAAACAAAAGAACUUAUAAUUGGUUUCAGAAGGAAAAGAGCAGAACACACCCUCAGGUCCAUCAACAGAGCAGGGUGCUGAGAGUGUCAAUUUCCCAAGAGUUACAAUAACCAACAACCUUCAUGGGACUUCCCACAUAGAUGCAAUGGUAAUGAAGGCACAAAAAGGCCUCGUCUUCCUGAGGCUGCUCAUGUAUUUGGCAUGUUACUCAUGCACCAUAGAAAGCAUACUGUCUGGGUUCAUCAAGGCCUGAUAUGGAACCUGCUCUGUCCUGUUCCACGAGCAACUAUGGAAGGUUGUGUUCACACCCCACACCGUCAUGGCACCCAACUUCCCAACCAUGGGCUCUCAUUGCUGUGCAAAGCCUGAGACAUCAAAAUCCAUCCAACCCCAGUGGUGCCCUCCUACAACCUCUUGCAUCAGGCAGAAGAUACAGAAGCUCGAACACCCACACCAGCAGGUUCAAGAACAGAUUCUUCCCUGUCAUUGUUAGACUGACUAAUGGAAUCUUAAAUUUCAAAAGUGUUGAUCUUGCCUGCAUACAUCCUGUGGAGUGUAACUUGUAUGCCUUAUCAUUUCCAUUUUUCACAUUAUGACCUGUAUGUGCUUACUGACUAUGAUCUGGCUAUACUGCUCGCCAACAAAACCAUUCACUAUUUAGGAACAUGUCACAAUAAAUCUAACUAAAUUCCUGUAGCAGAGAGACCAGAAUUGAAUGCAUUAUUCCAAGUGUUCUAAUCCAUGUCCUGUAAAGCUGCAACUUGUCCUCCCAACUACUGUUCUCAAUAUAUUGGCCAAAUUUUCCGAAGGAUACCAUCAGCAACAAAUGUUGAAACAGAAGUUAAACAAGAUACAACCUUAUUUUCAAAAGGCUGAAAAAGCCACCCCAGUGCCCCCUGAAAGAAGUUUUGUACAAGAUGUGAUAAUGGGCCAGUUGGAGGUUUCAGUUCAGUGGUGGUUAAUGCAGCUAAAUUGUAUGUGUUCAAAUAUCAUGAAACAAAAACAAAAACGGCAACUUCUGAUCAGGUUCCAGUUUGACAACUGAUUUUUCUUUUUGUGAAGAGAAGGUGUGUGGCCAAGAUAUUGUCAAUUCACACAUUCUUUCCAAGCAGUUUUAAAAGGCAAUCAUUUCACGUUGAAGAGAUAAUGGGAACUGCAGAUGCUGGAGAUUCCAAGAUAAUAAAAUGUGAGGCUGGAU